GCAUUGGAGCGGGUAAACUCUUCAAGCGCAACGCGCGUGACAGAAAUUCGCUAUUGCGGAAAGACAGCUGUGAGUUCUGAAUUUGACUUGUACAAUUCUUCCUUUGGAGGAUGGACAAUUUGCAGGGUGGUGACUGGAGCAGUUUCUUCCACCAAUUUGAAGCUGUUGCCUCACAGUCCACCACGAAUGUAUCACGUCCAUCUAUCGUCGAUGACAAUGUGCCUCUGCCGAUCAUCCUUGCAGGUGGACAUCAUUUUGACAUUGCCUAUCAGGAAACAGUGGAUGAGCAUGUCAAAUGUCAGGUGUGCGGGAUGCUUCUUCGUCGGACAAUGUUUGCAGCACAUGUUCGACAGCGUCAUCCAGAAAUGUGCCCUCCUUCAUUGUCAACUGACGACGACUCUGGACGACAUUCUGGUCUAGAAUCACCUGAUAUCAGUCGGAAUCCGAAUUUCCCCUUUUCUCCGAAGCUCAUGUCCCCUCCAAUACCCAAAGAGCCUAUAAAGUUGACGAUAAGUUUGAAGGGACAUCGCAAACACAAACGCAGGAAGACAAAACGGGAACGUCGCGGAGAAGAAGCCACUGUAUCCUCAAUGGAAGAUGAACAUUCUCCAGACGCGCAUGGUUCGAAGAAUGAAGAUAGAUUUUUCUGGCCUGACGACGAACAGCCGGGCCCAUCUUCUCAAACAAGCACACCGAAUUUUUUGGGGCAUGGAUUAUCCCCUUCGGGACGCUUGAAAGCACCAGAAAGCCCUGAAAGCAUUGAAGAUGUGGUCAUGCAUACCUCACCUCGGACCCAUACACGACCUAGACAAGAAGCAUCGUCAGACGAGGAUACGAAGAAAAGAAGAAAGAGGAAGAGCAAGCGAAAAACUAGAAGAAAGGAACGCGAUAACAGCACAACUCCAGUCACUCCACGUUCUCGCGUUUUGCCAGCUGUGGAACCGCUUCGACUUGCUAUCACUCCAGAAGGUGCACGUGUGAUAGAAACCCCUCGAGAUCGUCGCUCUCCCGCUGCAACCUGCCGUCAAGCCAGUCAGACAGAGCGAAAUCGCCCAGAGACCCGUUCUUUCACCCAUUCCCAGCAGACCUCCUCAAGAAGCGCUUUUACGGAGAUCCAGUCCUUUCCUGCCUCAUCCCACAUCCUUCCAACUCCGCAAUCGUUCUCUCAUCUCAACGCUCAGCCUGCAUCAACUAGCGGAACAGCGUGUGAAGCAAAAGAAGGACGGAUCAAAACGCUUACUGUAGGGCAACCAGCAAGAAAAGCAGGGAGAGGGGAUGCUGUGGAGUCGCUUUUGCCCCAGAGUCCUCCUGUCGCUACAGUGCUCACACCAUCAUCAUGGGUUUAUUCACAAUCUCAAAUAACUACGGAGAUUCCCAUAUUGCCGACCUACAACACCCGAUCUGUGCGCAAAGCUGCAGUUGAAAGUGCUUCCUUUCGUCCUGAAGCGAUCGCAUUUGAUCCGUUUGUCAAGCCGAGUGCGCUUAUGGAGCCGGAAGGUGUAAGGCCUGCCGUCAGUGAUAGUGCAUUUCUAGAAGAAGCUGCUGACCCUCACUCGACCGAAAAUCGCAGGCCAAUUCUGCCACAGAGGAAAACCAGGCAACCGUCUGGCUCUCAGGAAGCAUCCUGGGAACCGCUUGGCAUAAAGAGUCCAACCUAUGGUGUCGUUUUACCUGUGGCUCCGAGGCAAGAUAAUGAUGCAGACGAUGCAACGGUGGCAUUCCUCACUUCGUCACCCGAACUACUAUCUGAAGAUGACUCUUGUCCUAUAAAGGAGGAAGUCGAAGACGCACAAAGUAUGAUAGGAGCAUCACCAUCGCGGUUAUAUCGUCAGAAGGUUCGCUCUGUGCUCAGCGCUACAUCCGAGAGCACUGACACUGAUCAGAGGACAAUCAUUGAUGUUGAGGAAGAUCAAGCGGAGCGUCGAUCAAGCGAUCGUGACUCGGAAAUUCGCUCGCUGACGAAGAAAUUGGCUGCUUUGUCGCAAGAACAGUUAGAGCAGCGAAAGUUGUCGGUGGAUAUCUCGAGGACGGUCUCCGAAAAUGUGAACGAGUCUACAGUGACCGUUUUGGAGGCAUCACCAGUUUUGCACGUUGAAACUGUUGAGACCACACUUCCAUAUAUUCCAUCUCAGCGAAAGGAAGUGGAAAUCUUAGACGAACAACAGGAGAGGGAGGAGCUGGUUUUCACGCCAGACGACCAGCAUAUCCCCGUACUAGACGGAACCUUUGACGCUAUUUUUGGAUCCGCACCUUCGGAGUACAGCCACUCGGAACUAUCUAGAGAAGUGUUAGAGCAUUCUGCUAUUGAUCAAGCCAGUUUGGAACGAAUUUACGAGGAAAAUGUGGAAGAGCAAGAGCAGUUUGUGCCAUCGCAACAGCUAGCCGCAAGCGUUGGUGGUUUAUCCAUCGGCAGUGAGAAGAGCGAAAUGCCCAUAAAUGUCCUGGUAACUUCAAGAAGAGAAGGCAAAGACGUUUCUGUUGUUGCUAGUGAUCAGGAGCGCACGUUGUCACCUGUAUCCUUGAUCGGUUCGCGCGCGAAAUUGGUCAGCUACAGAGAAGAGGAAGAAAUGAGUUCUUAUGGAGAAGAUUAUUCAGCAGACGAUGAUGAACUGGUAGAUCUGCAUGAGAGUUCCAUUUCUAACUACCACGAGCUGGAACAACAAACAGAAUACGAGCAGAGCCUACGACAGCAACCGCCAUCUUCAGUUACACCCACGGAAGAACCCGCUUUUUCAACAAAUGAUAACGUAGAUGAAACCUCGCAUCAAAUAAACGUGCAAGAUGCAUCGCAGAUAUUAUGGGAUACUGGACCUACCUGGCCCUUUCACACGGGUUCUGCUGAGCUGAGAGUUCAAACUGCUUUUGAAGGACCAUCCACAUCUCAGCAUGUCUUACAGCACUCUGAGCCACUCCCGCAGAGACUAGCUUCUCAACGACCAUCGAUACCCGCCGCCUUCAAUUUCGGAGCUGCUCCAGCUGUUCCAGCCCAACAGAUACAACAACCUCCACCUCAUUCAUUUCCUUUGCAAGGUGGUCAGGGUCAAAAACUUGACUCUCAGCAAUGGUCUCAGCCGUACUCUGUAGCAACCUCCCAGAACACCAACGUACAAGGUCGGGAAGUUGUGUUUGCUGGUAGUGAUCAGCAGCAGCUGUCCCUUGACCAAGGACAGCGAAAAAUACGAUUUUAUUCUGAGCAGACUCAGUUUCAACCUUACAAGCCUCGCCAAAAUGUGGUAUCUGGCAUUACUCAGUCGUACACUCAGCCUGAAGUGUUUUCUUUUACCCAAUCGCAGCAUCCAUAUGAACUACAGCCACAACAACCAACCCCUACGGAACAGGCAUCACACUGGUUACCGUCAGCCAGUAGUAGUACAUUAGAACGCAGACCAGCGGAAUUGAUGGAAGCAGAGAUGAAAGCUAUGCGGUACAUUUACCUGAUGAACGAACAACGCCAUGCAAAGAAAACCUUGGCUGAACAAGAUGAAAAAAUGCCGAGGAUUUCCGAAGAGAAGACGACGAACUUGAUGUUGCUUACUGAGCUGCCACCCAUAAUCAUUGAACCAACAGUGAUCCCUGAGGGAGUGUCUAGAUUCAGAAUGCAGGAACAUACUCUUCCUCCAUACCACCACGCUCACUUGACUACCGGAAGUGGUCCCCCUGUAUCACCUUUGACAUCUGAAGGAGACAAUAGCAGCGAUGAAGAAAUUCGUAAACUCCAUGACGUUCUGGAUUUUACCCUGCUGGAAUCUUCACUACCUUCAAAAGUGCCAAGGAGUGAUCAGCAGUCGUUUAACAAACAGCAGCAGUUCCAAGCGCCAAGACUAGCUGAAGAAAGCCGUCAGCAACAUCCUAGUGGUGGAUCGCAUAGAAGUUUACCCAGCCUGAAUAUUCUGCAAGUAGAAGCUGCACCGAUCACAUCAGUGGCGCUUGAGGUGGCUCUUCCUCAAAACAUCCAAGCUCCUGAGCUUGUGGAAGUAAUAACAGACGAUGUUGCCCCGGUGUCUGGUAGAUCUUUUAUCAGUGAAGGUGACGUCGAGCUUAGCGGUGAAGAUUGCAAUGCUAGAAAGGGAGAGCAGGCUUCGGAAAGAGAGUCAUCACCUGAAUCUACCGAUAGCGAUGCGAUAAGAAGACAAUGGGAUUUGAGCCCUAGUGUUUCUCCGCUCACAUUGGAAGCAUUAGCUUCUGGUAUGAGCUCUCCAGAUGGUUCUGAUUCGAACGAUGGACAGACAGGCAUGCCAGUGUGGCCAACCAUUUCCAGAAAACACGCAAAGCUAGCUAUCUCUGCCUGUAGAGGAAUGCCAAAACGGCUUCAGCCGUUAUGCCGAAGGUUUGCAUGGCAGCAAGGAAUCACAUAUUUGCUGGAGAAUUUUUGCCUGAAAAAAUGGGAAAUUCGACCGGAGCACGACAGCGAAUCAGUUUGGUUUUUUGAGCGGGAUGUGAGAAGGUUCAAACCGUUUGAGCUGGAGCCCUGGACUAUCCCCGGAGUUGAGAGCGAAGAUGAGAAUUAUUUUUACGGAUUCAACAUCUGCGCUGACAUACCAGUGAAGAAGUGCAGCAGAACGUUCAUGUUAGAAGACUCUGCUACGGUUUCAUAUGCGUGUGAAGAAGUCGCAGGAAUUGCUGAGCUUUCUUCUACUGAUGACGAGGGAUAUUCGGAUGAAGAAACUGAAUAUGCAAGCAGCGUUUACUACGACGUAGACGAUGUGGCACCUUCAUCCUUGAAGCUCAUUCCAACGACCAGCGCAGAUGCAGACUCAUCUAAGAUUGUUCUUGAAAGUUCUACAGAUGAUUCGGACGAAGAUGAUAGCUCUGACGAAAAUUCGGCGUCCAUCGCAAAAGAAACUAGAAGAACUGGUACACCCGCAGAUCAUCGAGGCAAUUUACCGUCGAAGAUAUCAUAUGAAAAGCAGGAGUUUAUUGCUAGAAGUUGUUGCAAGCAAUUUCUUCAACAAAUGGUUCUUCGCAAGAAAGGCGAAUGUUUCAGAACUGCUGGAAGAAGUGCUGUCCAUGUUAAGACCUUGCUGUCUGGGUUUUAUCAAGAACAUCGCGAUGCAUAUGAGUUGAUGUUGGCUGAUAUCAUGAAAAUUUCGACGCCGGAUCAACGAGAGAUUCCUCAUUCGGACAAUCCAGAAUGGGUGGCUGCUCGUAUUCUUGCAAUCAAUCGCGCGCAAAAUAGACUACAUAUUUCAACAUUCCCGCCAUGGACGGUAAUGCAGCGGAUGUGGAAAGUGUAUGGUCCUCUUCAACAGGCUGCUGCAGUCAUUGGUGGAGACUACCAAAAAUUUGUGAAAGAGUGUGUAAGCGUCGCAUACAAUCAGUACUAUCGAUUGAAAAAUGGGAUCAAAGUGGCUGAUGAAAUACCUGGCGAUUUGUUAGAUCUUUGUUAUGCUAUAACUUGUGAAAGAAUGCGUGAGCAUAUUGAAAACGUAGAGGCGUUGAAGAGGAAGUAUGGCAAUAAAUCCAGAAAAACGAAGGAAUGGGUUAAGUUGAAGUCGAGAGAAGGACCAUUGCCAAUUCCCAGUCAGCGCUCAGCGAAUGCACAAUUAUUGUCCCGUUGUCGUAAAAUCUAUAAUGAAAAGAGACAGACGAAAAGGCGAAGAUGGAAUGCUAUGCGCUACUUACAUAAUGCACUACCUGGAUGUGUGAUAGAGGGUAUUGACGUAUUCGAUAUGGCUCAAAGGACUAAUCUGUCAGUGGCUGGGAUGUUCGGUCCAGAACAUAAAGUCAAAUUGAUGGACAUGCCAUUUGCUUCAGAUAUGGACAACAGGCCUGCAUAUUUGGAUAUGGAAGAACUGCUAGCUCAUAUGGACCAUACUCUUGCCCUCCAAUCUGGGGUGACUGUUGACCAGGAAGGAAAAACUCAAACUAGCAUAGAUUUUCUGACAGUGAGUGGUUUGCAAUUUAAAGCUGUUACGGGAGAACGUGGUCGCUGUCAUCUGAUGGUCUCCCCCUCUGCUAUCCCUGUGCCUCCGGUUACCAUAGAUCGAUACGGAAAUAUGACUUCUGUCGAGAGAGCGUUCGUUCCGAGCUCGCUUUAUCCUGAACUGAUAUCGAGAAAGGUCAUAAAGAAAGAGGACAAUGAACAAACUGUGCUUGAGGCAAACCUAACUAGUGAAACAGGCCUUCCUGUGACGUCUACAGAGUAUGACUGCCCGGUAUGCGCGUAUACAUCGGCGGAUCAUGCUGAUAUGGAUUUUGCACAAACGUGCUUCGAGGGUUUGUCGCGGGAACUGCUGGCGAAAGUAUCUGUUUCAGAAGUUUGUACAGAAAAUACUACUUACAAUUCUUCAUCUAUUCCAAUCACGAUGUCGUUAGAGGAGCUUGUCAAGCUUAUAUAAGUGGAGCAAUAUUAGCUAAGCACUACGGGUCUCACAGUGCUAAAUGUGAUAUUUCUAUCUUGUUCUUGUUGUGAAUAUCUCUGAUCUGCCCUUUUUGUUACCAUGUAUAAUACGUCAUACGUCGGGUAUACUGAUGAAAUCUGUUUCUUAUGCAAGCUCUAUUAUGUUUCACCCAUUUAUUAUCGUCAAUUUAUAAGUUUGCUUACUAACAUAAAGUUGUUACUGCAAAUGUGAU